GCCCUUGUUCUCGACGUCUGCAGCCACGGAGCUGUGCAGGCGCUUGUGCGAUAGACCAUCAUUCUCGUCCUCCCCUCAGAGAUUGCGCAGCUGCUGGUUCUGGUCCUGCGAACGCUUAGGGCAUAUCUGCGACUGCGAGUCGCAACCAUGAACGCGCAUCCGACGAUCGCUGUGGACCUUGUGCUAGACCGCCAGAACGCGAGGGAUGUGCUUAAUGGUGUACUGCAUGCCAUACUUUUCCAUCGACUGUUCGGCACGGUGAAGCCACAGACGUUCGAGGUGCUCGAUGUAACGAUGCCCGGCGUGUCGGACGCGACGAUGGAACGGCUUGUACAGGACAAGGUGGACUCCUUCUGGCGAGCUCUCGAAGGGGCUGGCGAGAAGCGCGGACAGCUUACCGUAACCUUCUCCGAGAAGAAACCCAAGAAAAGCUGGUUCCAGGUCUAUGUUGGUGAGGAAGACGUUCCUUGGGAGCAAUGGGUCGUCAACGCCGAACUACGACAACCACGAGGAGAGCGCGAUCGCCUUGCCUUCGACGCCACCCUCACCAACGCAUUACGAAAAGCCAUGAUGACCAUGCUCACCCACACCGCCUCUGAGAAGGGUCGCGCAGCCGUCCCCCUAAUUACCAACGCUACCGGGAUUUCUCCCUUCCCCUUCCGUAUAGCAGGCAUCGUGAAUGGCAUUGAGCUACCAUGAUCACGAUGAACCAUGCUGAUGACUUCCUCCUCGGACUCUUGUGUAUCCUAGACUCGCAUACUGUAACUUACAAUCGGAUGGACAUGGAACUGUAGCCUCGAUUCUACCAAGACGUACCUG